AAGGAAAAAUAGACCUGAAUUUCAGGUUGCAGAAUGUAGAGUGAAUGCCCAAACUGCCAAGGACAGAGAGAAAGAUUAGGAACAGAGUGAGUGUAAAGUCGAUGGACGGAUCUGGAAGGGCCCUUCUGUAACUUGUGAGAAGUUUAUGACAGAAAUGGUUUUCGGCAAGAUUGGAAUGUGAUUGUGUUGAUGUUGACACCAUGGCGCAAAGCAUCACUUUAGAAGUUGCCUUGAGCAACGUUGAGCGUCUGAGUAAUCUGAUUCUUGCUGACGAACAGCCGAAUAUUGAACCACAGCCUGCCUCGGUUGUGUAUGAUGUUUCCUUCGAUACUAACUUCGAGGAUCGAAAUGCCUUUGUUUCGGGAAAUGCGAAGUUCAUGGAGGAAGCCACGGCCCACUGCGGUCUGAGCAAAGUGCUGAAGAAGGGUGACGAGUAUGCGUCAAUGCUGUACACGUGGAGAAGCUGUUCCAGAGCUGUUCCUGCUGUGAAGAGCAAUGAGCAGGAGAAUCGACUGGAGAUCUACAAAGCAAUUAUCGAAGUCCUCCAGCCGGAGGUCGACAAGCUGAAGGCGUUCUUCCGCUUCCAGUCGGAGGCCAUUGGUAUCUUCUGUGGCGAAGUGAAGAAGCUUGCCCAUGAGAACCGCCGGAAGGAUUUCAUUUCCGAGACGUAUCUCAUGCGCCUGGCCCAGUUCAUCGAUAUGUUCUCCGUCCUGGAUGCUUUGAAGAACAUGAAGGCAUCCUUGAACAAUGACUUGGCAGCAUUUAAAAGAGCCGAGGGCUUUGUGAAGCAACAGCAAGGCGGUGGUGACCAGUCGUCCAUCAUGGAGCUGCAGACACUCUCCAUGUUCUUGGCUACCAACAACAAGCUCACGAUGAACUUGAAGGAAGCACUGGACGAGAUUCCUUCCUAUGAAGAUAUCCUUAUUGAGGUGGUCAGCCUGUGUUGUAAUCUGUACGAAACCAAGCGCUACAUCGUGCCGAGUGCAAAGCACACGAUCCUCAAGGUCAUUGGCUUCAGUGUGGUGCUCAUUGAUGGCAAGACCAGUAUCUACAAGCUGGCCAGCAAGGGCAGGAUCAAUCUGCAACGUAUCGACAAAAUCUUCAAACAAACGCCGGUCGUUCCGCUGUUUGGAGACAUGCAGAUCGCGCUCGUGUCGUACAUCAAGCAGACUCCGAACUUCAACGCCUCCCACUGGACAUGCUUGACGGAGCAUGCCGAAGAGAAGGCGGCGUUUGUGUCCUACAACAUCCUGGCCAAGAUCGACACCAUUCGAGCAGAGCAUCUUAAGUACAUCUCCGGACUCACACGCACGAUAAACAAUAUUGGCACAGCAGACAAGUGGACAGACAGACAAGUACGGGAGCUGACUGACUUGGCUUUGCUCGGUCUAAAACACAUUGGCAGUUGGACAACUCAUAUUAUCGAAUUGAAUGCGUGGAAGCUUCUCCAUCCGGUUGACAAAGGAACAAACGACUGUCCAGAGACUGCAGAGGAGUAUGAGAGGGCCACCCGUUACAACUACUCCAGCGAGGAGAAGUUUGCACUGAUUGAGGUGAUAGCCAUGAUCAAGGGGUUGACCAUGUUGCUGACGCGUCAUCAAGUCAUCUUCAUCGACGCCAUCAACCGAUACGUACACAAAACGUUCCAGACGUUCAUCCUGCACUCUAUGCGUGAUCCUAUUCGCUUUGCCACGAAAAAGAAGAAGCAUCACGUGAAGAUGAUGUUGAUUGCGCUGAGAGAAAUGUGCGCUGACUGGCCCAGUGGUGUUGAGAAUGACCAGGACCCUUGUCUGCGCGGUGAAAAGGAUCCCAAGGGAGGCUUCCAGAUCGAACUGUCGCGCAGAUCUGUGGCACCUUCAUCAACUCAGCUGUACAUGUGCAGAACAUUUGCGGAGCACUUGCUAUCAGACAAAGGUGGCAAGAAGUCUCUUCGCGCUGAAUUGGACGGCCAUGGGAUUGGUGAUCUGGAAGAGUUCCUCAAAGUGUCUUUCUUCUUCCCGCACCUGAUCAAUUUCAGCCACGUGCUGCAAGAAGCGUCAGAUCUCUCCCAGCUUUGGUACAGGGAGUUCUUCCUGGAGUUGACGAUGGGAAAGAGAGUGCAGUUCCCCAUCGAGAUGUCCCUGCCCUGGAUCUUGACUGAUCACAUUCUCGAAACAAAGGAUGCCUCCAUGAUGGAGUAUCUGCUGUACCCACUGGACUUGUACAGCGAUGCAGGGUCGUACGCUCUGCACGACUUCAAGCAGCAGUACCUCUACAAUGAAGUCGAGGCUGAGGUCAACCUGGUUUUCGAUCAGCUCAUCUACAAGCUCAGCGAGCAAAUCUUCAUCUACUACAAAUCCUUGGCAUGCAGCAUUCUCCUGGACAAGAAGUACCGAGCAGAGCUGGGCUCAAGUAUCCCGUACCCACCCGCUGCACAUUACGAGACCAUCAUGUUGCAACGUCACGUCCAGAUUCUGGGACGGUCCAUUGACAUCAAUCGUCUCAUCCAGCAGCGUCUUCACGAACACUUGCUCAAGGCCAAUCAGCUGGCCAUUGCAAGAUUCGAAAGUACUGACCUGACUGGCAUUGUCGAACUGGAAAUGCUGAUCGAGACCAACCGCCUGACACACGACAUGUUGCAGGAGUUCUUCGUCCUGGACUCGUUCGAGGCUAUCUAUCGUGAGGCCAACGAGUGUGUCAACUUGCCGCAUGGCCGUGCAGCGCUGCAUUGCUUCUGGGAGAUCAACACCGACUUCAUGCCUAGCUAUUGCUAUAACUCCACAACCAACCGAUUUGUGAGAACCAAGGGUGAUAACGAAGCAGGUGUGGAUCGUGCAGCAGCGCCUAAAGCAGCCGGUUACUAUUUCUAUGGAACUAAGGCUCUUACAACAGCGUACAACGCCAUCCAGCGCCUGUACAUUGGUUUUGUCGGACAAGAGCACUUUGCCGCCAUGAUCCGUCUCCUUGGCUACCAGGGAAUUGCUAUGGUUAUGAAUGAGUUGUUGAAGCAGAUAGAAAUUAUUGUAAAGAGCAAAGUUGUACCUUACGUUAAAGCCAUGUCCGAGGGUUUACCAAAGAACUGUCGGCGACCGCUUGCCUCGUAUGGAGUUGGAGGUGUGCUGCAGUUCUAUGCUGCAAAGCUGGAGCCCCUGUUGCAGUACCCGCUGCUGCGUACUGAUGUUGCACAGGCCUUUGCAGAGAUUGGCAAUGCUCUGCUCUUCUGUCUGAUGAUGGAACACAGUCUGUCUCUGGAGGAAGCAUUGGACUUGAUUGAAGCCGCACCUUUCCAGGGCGUUCCACUGCCCCUCACAACACAGGAAGAGCAACACCCGCUUGCCGAAUUUUUCAAGGAGCAAGCCAAGCUGCUACAUAUGCUGCCCCUCAUUCAGUUGCAGGGAACAAAGCAGCAAGCACAAACUGCAACGGACUGUGACCUGCUGACGCGAGAGCGUCUUUGCCGUAGUCUCUCAAUGUUCGAAGUGGUCUUGGAGAAGGUGAGGGCGAUCCUUACCGUUCCCCAGCUUGACCCUAUCUUCCAUGGGACAGCGCCUGGAAAUGGAGUCAUGCAUGUGGAGGACUGCGUGGAAUUCUAUCGCAUCUGGAGCGUGAUCCAGUUCAGCGUCUCCCUGCCGCUCACCGGAAAUGAACUUUCACCCGAGGAUACAUUUGGAGACGGUCUGCACUGGGGUGGUUUAACAUUCGUGUACCUCCUUGGUCAAUUGCACCGAUUUGAAGCCCUGGAUUUCACUUAUCAUCUACUGAGCUGCUACACCGGCAAGACGGAUGCUAAGAAUGCUCCGACAGUCAGUGGCAUAAACAUUGACUUAUUUGCCGAGCGCAUCAAGGCAGUAGCCAAGCUCAAUACCAACAUCAUAUCCGUCCUGGAUACUUAUAUCAAGCCGGAAGCACGUAUCAAGAGAGUGCCCGAGUACUAUGCGCCACCCAGCUUCGAGAGUGCCGAGGGAGUGGGCAGUGAACCAACCUUUGUCAUGACGACGAAGCCCGUUGCCUAAGGCACUGUGUGUCGUUGCCACUCUCCUUGUCUUCUCAUCUCACUCUCCCUCUUGCGUAUAAACACAUCACUGAUAAUUGUUCCUGUCGAUAUGUUGUCUCGGUAUGGAUUUGUCCUGUUGUGCUUUUUUCCCCCGCACGCAGUGUCUUGGUGAUCGUCCCUAUCACGGUGCCUUGGCUGAUGUUGUAAUGAUUUCAUAGUGAUGUCAUGGGCUGAUAUCAUACCUGAUAUUAUAGUGUGCUAGUGGUCUGGCUCGUUGUUGUAGUUGUGUUCCUUGCCAAGUCUUCCGUGAGUACAUCAUGCUUUUUUAAAGAUUUUCCACCGGAGGAGUUGUUCAGCUAAAUGUACGCUUUCCUGUAUGUAGCCGUGAGAUGUACGAUGACUGUCGCCAUUAUAAUUUUAUCCCACUUAACUUGCUGUUCUUGAGUAGCACCCCAUCGUGCACUUAGUAGACCCUCCUCCACUGUUUAGUGUAAGAAUUUUGAUUGCUGAUCAUAUUGCGCACUUGCUGACCAGCUCAUGUAAAACAUUAAUUCCGUGUGAGCACUUGCUAGCCAUUUUUUCUAUGAGAGCGUGGUUAAAACUUGAUUUGUUUGCCGUACACCGGCUCUUGAUCCUCAUUUGAUGAUGCUCAUUGAUUAACUUA